AUGGUACUUUCGUUAGAAUCCAUUGGAAAUUUCUUGGGAUCCAAAGUUUCGCGUCCUUGUAGCUUCAAGCCCGCCAAAUGCAAGACGGCGUUGAAGCUCGCGGCGUCGCGGCUGAAGCUGCUGAGGAACAAGAAGGAGGUCCAGGUGAAGCAGAUGAGGCGGGACCUCGCUCAGCUGCUCGAGUCCGGCCAGGACCAGACCGCUAGGAUUCGGGUUGAACAUGUUGUGAGGGAAGAGAAGAUGAUGGCAGCCUACGAGCUUGUUGAGCUGUUCUGUGAACUUAUUGCAGCUCGUUUGCCUAUAAUCGAGUCACAGAAAAACUGCCCAAUUGACUUGAAGGAGGCUGUUUCAAGCGUAGUCUUUGCAUCUCCGAGAUGCUCAGACGUUCCUGAACUUAUGGAUAUCCGCAAGCAUUUUACCUCAAAAUAUGGAAAAGAUUUCAUUACUGCAGCUGUUGAGUUGCGUCCUGAUUGUGGUGUAAACCGCUCUUUAGUUGAGAAACUCUCUGCCAAAGCACCUGAUGGUCCAACCAAAGUAAAGAUUUUAACCUCAAUUGCGGAGGAACACAACAUCAAAUGGGAUCCUAAUUCAUUUGGGGAUAAAGAUUCGCAUAAUCAUGGAGAUUUGUUGAAUGGACCGAGUACUUUUGAAAAAGCCAGUAACCUGCAGACACAAUUUUCAAACUUCCAAGUGCCUGAUAUUGACAGAGAAAGAACCAAUGUGCAUGUCGCACCUCAAAAAGUAGCAAAGGAGGAUGCCUCUGUAAGCUUGCAUCAGAACAGUAGCAGGUCAUCAUUUGACCACCAAAAUAUUCCCCCUGGACAUGCUAAUGUUCCUAUCACUUCACAUCCGGAGCUGAAAACUCCAGGUUAUGCAAUGGAAGGAAAUGCUGAAGCUGGACAUAUGUAUCGCAGGGAAGGAAAUGUUGAUUACAUGGACGGGCAAAACUGGAAUAUGGAAUUCAAAGAUGCAACCUCUGCUGCUCAAGCUGCUGCAGAAUCUGCUGAACGGGCAAGCAUGGCUGCCAGAGCUGCUGCACAACUUUCUAGCCGUGGGAGGAUUUCUACGCAAUACUCUACAGAGCCACAAAGGUCUUCUGCUCACGGUCCUAUGGAUGAACGGGCUGGAAGAUCUGCAGGCUCCAGUUUUCAAGAUGAAGCCUAUGCUAAAGUUGCAGGUAAUAAGGCUUCUGAUGGAAGAAAUGCUCAACCUCACACAGCAUGUAAGCAGAAUUAUGCAAAAGAAGAGCACGUUGGAGAAGUAGGUGAGAGGUUCUAUAAAGAUGGCCAUACGAGCAAUGACAGACCUAGCCAGUAUGUUUGA